AGUGAACAGCGACCAUUUCAUAAUUCCAACGAUGACUGGCAUAUUCCAGAAAAAGAAGUGAAAAUGGGUGAACAGAUAGGGUCGGGCUCAUUUGGGACGGUUUUUAAAGGGGAAUGGCAUGGUAAGUUCUUUUAUAAUUUAUUUGAUAGUUUUAUCAUUUCGAAUUUUAUUUUUAUUGUUUGUUCUUUAAAAUUCACGAAAUGUUGUAUUACCUAGUAUAAGAAUAGGUAAUGAAAACACAGGAUAGACAACUCAUGAUCACGCAUGAUGUUUUCGGCGUGCUGAUGGCGUCUCAACGUUGUUGAAAACUAUGACAUCACUAAAUCCAAAAUAAUGUACAUUUAGCAAUAAUUGUAAUAAAUGUAAAAAGAAACAUAAAAUAAAACAAAAAAAUCGACGAAAUACUCUGGGUUUAAGUUCGAACCCACCUGCUGAUGUAUGUUUAGGAGGUGGGUUCGAGAUCGAUGAUUCGGCGGCGGCCAUUAUGAAGCGAUUUGAACAAAUUUCAGACGAAGAUUUAAAUAAAAAAUAAAUUAACUGUUUUUAAUUGUUUUAUAAUUAUUAUUUUUUUAUUUUGUUUGAUAAAUGUGGAAUAUUCUGUAUUCAAAGUGGAAGAGAGGAAAGAUGGCCGCCAAAAUUUGUUCGGCACGGGCAGGUUUAUAUAAAUCUUGGCAAUGUUUUCGCAGAAUGCGUGCAUUUUCUCUUUUAAGGGAAUAUUGUAGAGAAUUUUUUUAGCUUCAAUUUAAACCUGUUUGCGUAGUAUGUUGGCUGCUAAAAAUGUUCGUUAUCCAAACAAGAAAUUAUAUAUACCAAAAUUGUAAAUUCUUCUGUCACUCUGUAAGUUCUUUUUAGUAUUUUACCGAAAUAGCAUGUGAUAAAAACCAAACAUACUUGCAGGUUCGGUGAGUCCGGGAUUGGACGCACAUCGGGUGGCUGGACGUUUCCCGAACUCCCAGCUACGGGAAACUUCCAGCCACCCUCGGUGCGUCCAAUCCGGGACUCACCUCCCUGCAAGUAUAUUUGUUAUAAAGCCCGUUCUCAACUAGGCGAAUUUAUUCGUGCUAAGCGAUUUUUUCCAUUGUCGCGGCAUCGCUUAUCACGUCAAAGGAAACAGUCGCUUUGCCCGAAUAAAUUUGCCUUUGUGAGCUCUAACCACAACUGGUCGGCAGGUUCGAUUCCUGCCAGAAGGCCUAUUGAGCAUUUUUCGCAGCUGCAUGCUCCUGCAUGCUAAGGUUUAAAAUUAUAUAUAUAUAUAUAUAUAUAUAUAUAUAUAUAUAUAUAUAUAUAUAUAUAUAUAUAUAUAUAUAUAUAUAAUUUCCUCAUUUGAAAGAACUUUUGAAACUAUUUAAUAACUUCUUUUACCGAGUCUUCAUAUCUUGCUUAGUUCUUGAAAUAUUUAUUUUCACUUGAAGUAAUGAGAUGUCAGCCAUCUUGGAUAAAAUUUUGAUCUCAUUAACGGUAGUUUUGGUGACGUCACAACAGAGAUUAACCAUAUAAAAGUAUUCGUUACUGACCAAAUAUUGAUUGGUAGAUGUUUUAAACGUUAUUUCCAAGAGCACACAGAGUAUAAUUUUGAGUUCAAAAUGAUUAGUGGUUGUCUAGAUAAAAAUAUUGCGUGACCCCUGUUGUGACGUAACAUGCAUAUCCACAAAAAUCCAAGAUGGCUGACAUUUGAUUUCUUUCGAUUAAAAUACUUGUACAAGUAAGCAAGAUAUGAAAAAACGGUAAAAAAGUUUUAUAUAUGGUUUUAAAUGUUCUUUCAAACGAGAAAAUAAAAAAAUAUAUUGCCAUUUCCUUUUAAGGUUUUCUUUGUGUGUGGCGAAAACGCUGCUUCGUUUAUCGGAACGAAACGGGAAGCCAUUUUGUUUUUGUCAGGAGGUGAAUAUAGUGCCAGGGUACUCGGCGUUGAGUAACCAAUGAAAUUGCGUGAAAAGCACUAUUCACCUCCCGAGUAUAUGCUAACAUAGGUUAUUGUAUACUUAACAUAUUUCUGAGCGGUAUUAUACAUACUAAAAAUCGGCUACGAAAAUCAUAUUACUCGCGCUUGAAUGUCUUAUACUGUACAUAUAUACUUUUUCGCGAACUUUCUAAUGGUUUAGUAAUUUAUCAAAUUUGAAAAUUCUUUAUUUUCGGUUGUAAAAAUAAUAUUAGCGGCGCCAACAUAUACUGUAUUGACUUUUUUACCAAUACCCUUGGACUACAAGAAAAUGCUGGUUGGCAGCUUUUAACAAAAACUAAAUGGCUUCAAAGAAAUUUUUGGCGCAUUUUCAGGUGUUGCCCAGUCGUGUAGUUUGAAACGGUCCCUAACAAAUAAAUCUCAAUGUAGCUACUAGAAUGCGGAAAAAUAUAAGGACAUCGAAGAACACGCUGUACAACGUUACUGUCGUUACUACUUUGGCAUGAAUUAUUUUGAUAUGUUGGGUUGCUGCCACCAGCUAGUUUCUUGGUAUUAAAUGUCUAAGAAUUCAUUGUGUUUAGGUACAGUUGCUGUUAAACGAUUAAAUACAACGGACCCCACACCGGCCCAACUUCAAGCUUUCGAGAACGAAGUAGCCGUACUACGGUAAUGUAUCUAAGCUCGCAUAUAAUACAGUUCUGCAACAUCGUUAAAUAAUUAUUCAAUUGCAUGCGAUUAAAGCAGGAAAUAAGGUGCAAAGACGUACAAAUGAUUUCAUACUGAAUAGAAUUGUGAAUAUUCAUUGCAAUCGUUAAUUGUUCCCCAUUUGGUGCUUUUGUCACAAAAUGUGCAUUUCAUAUGAGCCCGUUGCACGACUCUGGCGCACUAUAUAGUAUGAACUAUGUGUCUAUUGAUAAAACGCCAUUUUUAUUUACAGGAAAACGAGACACGUUAACGUGUUACUAUUCAUGGGAUAUGUAUCAAAACCGUCCCUAGCGAUUGUCACAGAGUGGUGCGAGGGCUCGACGUUAUACCACCAUCUUUACGUUAACGAAACAGAUUUUGAUUCAUUAACGUUGUUAUCUAUAGGCAGGCAAAUAGCCCAAGGAAUGGAGUAA